CAGCAGCACAGUCACUUCUAUCACCCUGGAUAAUCUGCUGGGAGUCAUUGACCUGGGAUUGUACAGUUUGCAGGAUCCUGGCUUGCUGUGCUGGGAGUGGGAGCUGUGUGUGAGGAUACCAUCCUGGCGAACACGUUGAACCAUUUGACAAGAGCACUGGUACUUGCAGCAACACCUUGGUCGGCGCGGGUCUGGUAUUGAAGAGGCGUCAGGCUCCGUAUUUGGACAAUUGGAUGCCAACACCGGAUCACGCUGCCUCUCCCGCCAGUACUCCCUGCAGCGCCUGAAAUGAAUAAGCUGCGUCAGAGCCUGCGGCGGAAAAAGCAAACGUACGUCCCGGAGGCUAGUCGACCCCACCAGUGGGGGGCAGAUGAAGAGUCAGUGAGGAGGGGGAAAUGCAGCUUCCCUGUGCGGUACUUGGGUCACGUGGAGGUGGAGGAAUCGAGAGGCAUGCAUGUGUGUGAGGACGCCGUUAAAAAACUGAAAUUGCUUGGCAAGAAGUCAGUAAAAGCUAUUCUGUGGGUUUCAGCGGAUGGGCUACGCGUUGUGGACGAUAAAACCAAGGACCUCAUUGUGGACCAGACUAUCGAGAAAGUGUCAUUCUGUGCGCCGGACCGUAACUUUGACAAGGCGUUCUCCUAUAUCUGCCGUGAUGGUACCACGCGCCGCUGGAUCUGUCAUUGCUUCAUGGCGUUGAAAGACUCUGGUGAGCGUUUGAGCCACGCGGUGGGCUGUGCGUUUGCCGCUUGUCUGGAGCGUAAGCAGAAGCGGGAGAAAGAGUGCGGCGUCACUGCUUCCUUUGACGCCAGUCGUACCAGCUUUGCCCGUGAGGGUUCGUUUCGUGUCACUUCUGCGUCUCAGCAGGCUGAGCGUGAGGAGGUGAUGAAACAUCUUCAGGAUAAAAAGAAAGUUGAAGAAGUUCAGACUCCGCCGGUAAAUACGCCAUCUGUAGCUGCGGUUCCUAGCCCCGUGUUACCCGCGCAGCCUGAGAACCAGUCACCCCCACAGUGUGCGAUGGUCCCGAGUGAAAAGGGGGAGGGAGGGGGACAGCACGCCAUCCCCCGCAGACACGCGCCCCUGGAACAGUUGGUGAGACAGGGCUCCUUCCGGGGAUUCCCUGCACUGAGCCAGAAAAACUCGCCCUUUAAACGGCAGCUCUCUCUCCGAUUAAAUGAGCUUCCAUCCACUUUGCAAAGGAAGACAAAUUUCCAGGACAAGAACCAAGUCCCUGAAGCUGAUCCUUCGUUCCCACCGGACUCUGAUGGGAUCACGGAUCUGUGUAACCAAAUAAACAAUUCGUUCACCAACAGAGCUGCAGAAGACCCUUUCAUCAAUGGCAAUGGGACACAGACCCCCACUACAGUACCCAGUCUCCCUCCCCCUCCUCAGGUUGCGCAAGGGAAUCCAGGAUGGGUCGACCAUGUGACAACCACAACAGCCCCUUCUAACUUCCAAAUGGGACAUCGCCGCACUCCAUCUGAGGCAGAGCGUUGGCUGGAAGAGGUGGCAAAGGCAGCUAAAGCCCAGCAGCAGCAGCCCCCACCCCAGCCUAUGGUUCCAGUGCCCAUGGCAGUUCCUGCCGCAAUGCCAGCAUAUCCAGUUACUUAUGAUCAUGCAUCUGCCCCGGUCGGCGUGUUUAUUACACCCCACAUGCAGCCUGCCUAUGUACCUGUGGCUGGGUAUGCGCCAACUAUGGCCAACACCAUGCCAUACCCUGCUCCCAGCGUACCUGUGGUGGGCAUCACUCCAUCCCAGAUGGUGGCCAAUGUAUUCUGCUCUGCUACUCAAGUACCAUCUUCCAACAUGGCCAACAAGUCCAACCCGUUUCCUCAGAGCAUUCUGCACUCCACCAAUGUCCAGAACCCUACCUCAUCCCAGCCUUCACAGAUGGGACCAAAGCCAAAUGCCACUGCAAAUGGUACCACGUGGCCCCCAGACCCCAGCCAGCUGAGGCUGGCAUCCACAGCACAGGAGGUGGACCAGUUUGAAGCUCAAUGGGCGGCCUUGGAGUCCAAAUCUCAGCAAAGGUUGGCCAACCCCUUCUCUAACGAACUGCAAAAGACUUUCCAGAUAGAAUUGUAGCCAAGAAGUGACCAUCUCAACACAAACUGAUUUUAAGGAUCAGCUGCAAGAACAUACCUGACCAAUCAAAGUCAGCCAGUAGAAAUCUUUGUACGUGGAAACUCAACCUAUCUCUGUAUACAAGCGUGCCAGAUUGUGUCUUGUAGCCCAUGGUUUGGUGGUGGAUCCAGUCCAGAUGGAGACAUAACAUCAUCACAGAUCAUCUGUACUCAUGGAUGCAUAAUGUGUCAUUAUUUGCAAAACAUUUACCAAUACCAGUUACUGGGUACCCCAAAAAACUCUUCUAUAUGUUCCAUAAAUAGUUGGCUUGUGGUGGGUUGUGGAAAGCGCUAAAAGAAGCAUGAUUACUCAUGUUGGUUCAUUAUCUUGUGAAAUGUCCUUCAAGUGGCAGUCAAAGGGUGUGAGAAAGAUUAGUAUGUGAAGAGGGAGCCUGGGGUAUGUGAUCUUUUUUUGUGGGAUGGUGCAAGGAAGUGAUUGAGAAAUCAGUUGUGGAGAUGCAACGCUGUUCUAAUGUUUACACAUUGCAAAUCUUUCAAGGUAUUAUUUUAUAAUUAAUACCUGGAUAUGUCCUUUAGAAUGACCUCUUCAAGAUGUCAGGUGAACAUGUUAAAUGACCAAUGUUUUAAAAUACUGAUAUUAGAACGUAAAUUACAUUUACAGAAUUGAAUUGGGCCCAGAACUUCAUAGGAGAAGUAAAGAGAUGAAUCCAAAUUUCAGAAAACCACUUAUAAAAAGCAAACAAACAGCGUAAUAUUUGUACUCCACUCUUAAAUGGUUAUUCUGGAAUGUAUUCCUUAGCAGUGAAUUUUAUUUAACUGACAGUCAGAUUGUAAAAUGGGGAAGAGAUUGUAAUUCAUGUGCAAAAACAGAUGACGGAAGACAUUUUUUUAAAACAUUUUUUAGAUAUUGGAUUUGAGCCCAAAUUAAAUAUCUAAAAAAAAAAUGAUGUUUGCUGUUCAGGCUUUGGCUGAAUUCACUAGAGGUCAAUAUUAUAUUUGGCAUGUUAUAUCUAACAUAUUUUGUGCAAUAGUUUUACAUGAAGUCU